AUGAAAAGGGAAAAUAAAUGUGAUAGCAAGAGUAGGAGCAGAAGUCGUAGCAAGUCUAGCAAAAGGAACACCUAAAAUAACCAAUUCUAAAAUUUUAUAGAUAAGAAACUUGAAACAAAAGGAACUGAUUAAUAAAUUGAUAAUAAAGAAUCUAUUUCUCACCAUUCUAGUCCAAUUAGAUCACAAGAAGAACUCCAAGAGAGCAAUGAGCUUAAUAAAAAAAACAAAGAGGAAUAUAAGAUUGUAGAUUAGAUUUAAUGUAUCAAUCUAGCCGCUACUAAUUAAUCUUAAAUACAAUUGGAAUAGCAAGAUCAAGAUGAAAAGUGUUUUAUAUCAAUGUCUCAACCUUAAUAAGAAACCGGGAUUAACUCAAAAGAAACUUUUAACAAACAGCCAUCUGAAAUGAUCACUAUAAAUGACAGCAGUUUGGAAGUGAAUCAAAAUGCUUAGAAGAAUGAAAAUAGAGGUGGUUCACAACUUGAGAAUCGAUUGUUUGGCAAUUUUAAGAAAACACAAUCGAGAAAUAGUAUAUUGAGGCGAAAACAAAAAAAAUUUUAAAGUCCACCCAUCAAACAAUCAUCAUAGCAUGUAAAAUAACCAAAAUAAUCCCUUGAAUGCAUAGAUUUAACCAAUGAUGAUAAUAUCUUAAGCUUCUUUGGACUUAAUCAUCCUAUGCUAUUAAGUUCUUUGGAAUACGAUAAAAAGGAAUUAUUCGAAUUAGCUGAACCAUACGAAUAUUAAUGUGGAAAUUUUAUGCUUAGUUUGGGAAUCCAAAAUCAUUAUACUGCAAUUGUUACUCUGCCUAACUUAUCUUAAAAAAAACCUGUUUAUUAUUUAUUUAUGAUGUUCUAAUUUGAUCCAAAAAAAAACAUUUAUUGCAUGGUCCCAGAAGAUGACUAAACAACAUUACUGGUUAGUUCUAAUAUUUCAUCACUUUAUUAUUAUUGCAACUCUAAUAUUCAAUAAAAAAAAAACAAUAAAACAACCUAAAUAGAAAGUAAUCUGAAGUACAAAUUUCCUUAUAUAUAUCCAUCUUUAAUUAGAAAAUAUGUUGUCUCUUAUUAAUAAGAUGAUUCAUAGAUUCUGUAUCAAAUAAAUUACAAUUCAAAUGCUACCUAACAAGCAAUUGAAGAUUAUUAUUGGGACGAUCCAGGACAUUUAAUUACAGGUACCAGUCAUCCUUUUUUGAAAAUUUUAUUCUUUAAAUCCAAAAAUAAUUAGAUUCCUUCAUUUUACUUCAAAUUUAUUAGCACUCCACUUUAUGAAGGACAGUAUAGUUUAAAGGCUAGUCUCAAAUAAAAUGGGAAUCAGAUUGUUGUAGAUAGAAGGUUCUUGAGUCCCUUUUCCUAUGGUGUUCAUCCUAUUAAAAUUGAAAUCAAUAGAAUAACAAAUCAAAUUGUUAUGAAACAAACAGGGACAGAGGAUAUAAUCACAUCAAAAAAUGUAAAAUGCUUUUGGGACCAAGUUCUACCAAAAUACUUAUAAUUAUACAAUCCCAAACAGUUGUACUAUUACUUUGUUGAUCUCAUCAAUCAGGAUAGAAGAAUCUCAGAAAAAUACAAGAAAUGGAAUCAGCUCUAUUAAUACAUGAGCAAAUCUAAUCAAUAAAAAUCUAGUAAGCCAAAUGAUGAGACUGUCAUCCUUAAUGAUAAGCAGUUUUUUAGUUAUUCAAUAGAAGAAAAGAAAAAUGGAAACAAAAUUAAUUAUUAAUGA